UUUCAAACUAUCUAUGGGGUGUGUGAGAAUUUCAGUGAGCUUUUAUACUCUAUAUUUCUUUACUGUAAAAAAAACUAACCAAUAGCAUUUUAACAGGGACUUAAUUAGCAUUAUGAAAAUGGGGUCAAUGAUACAUUUUUAUAUUUUAUAUUCUUAAAUGAUUAUGAUAUUUCUUCGAAUGUUCGACCUAUAUAUUAUUUCGUUAUGUAUCAUCUCGAUCGAAUGAUUAUCAAUAAGAUUAAACGGGUUAAUAGACUUAAAAGUAACAUAAAAAUAAAAAUAUUCAAAUAUGAGUAAUCCGGCCAAAGGGCCGGGUUAUAAGCUAGUAGCACGAUUAGUCUGGGAUAUGAUUGUGAGAGAGGUCAAACUUAUUGUCUAAAUCUGGUUCGAUUUAAAAUUAAAUAAAUCGAGAUAGACAAGAUAACUCACCAAGCCCCAGCUAGUUCUUCAAAAGUCAAAUUGUCCGCCACGAUUCACAACAAGGCCACAAGCCCCAGAAAGCCUAGCUCCCCUUUGUAAACUCGUUCACCACCUCGGCCUAGACUCACUACAUAGCCCUCUAAUGUGAAAUUUUCAGAGGCAGAGACCCUAACCCUCAUUCGUAAUUCAAUCUCGGUCUCUCUGAGUCUCAUCCUCUCAUCUUUACCCACUUCACUCAGAGUCUUGAACGACCCAUCAUCCACCACAUCAUCCCAAACCCAACCCUCAUCCUCUCACCCCAAAACCUGACGACUGAAUGUCGACCACGAUGAUGAAAAAUCCCGAUGGUGGCAGACAGUCGAAUCCCUAAGAUCCCUCUCUGCUAAAUAAUCUCGAGUACCAACCCCUCUCUCCGCCCUCCCCUCUCUAAUCGAUAUCUAGCACUUUAAUUUAUCUUCGAGACUUCCAAUUAUCGAGCUCGUUAGGUAUGACAGUUUGGACCUGACCUGUCCUAUCCUAUCUGUUCGGCAUGUUUAGGGCGGGGAGGGCAUGUGUGGUCGCUUCAAUAUUUUAGUUGUCCCAAGCCUGAUGACCAAAUUUAUUGUCCCCGACACAAGUAAUGGCUUGCAUUAUAAAUUGUAACUACAGGUAUCUUACCUAAGAAAUCAAAAUGACAUGAAUACGAACAGAAAAUAAGAGCAUUGAAAUCGAAAGUAACAAGAAUGAUAUUAAAAUGGGCAAAAAAAAAAAACAUCUCGUCGCAAUAUUUAUCGCUAGCAAAACAAUACUCAUGUAGGAUUGCGAAAGACAAUUUAGGUCAUUUUAGCUUAUUCCUCUGCUAAUAAUGUAGCUUAUAAGAUGAUUUCUCGCAUCUCUAAUUAAACUACUCAUAAAAUGACACGUGAAACCCUAAUAAUAUCUCUUUAAAAUCAAUGUCUCUCCACUUUAGAAUCUUGCGUUAAUAUGAUGUUGAAUUGUAUUUUUGUUCUCUCCCGACAUCCCUAACGAGAUCAAGUGGGAUUUGCUCGAAUCAUUUCAUACCAUAGAAAGAAAUCAAACUGACACGAAUACAAGUAGUAAAUAAGAGAAUUGACAUCGAAAGUAUCAAGAAUGAUGCUAGAACGUGUUAAAUACACAUCUCGUCACAUAAUUAUCUCGAGUAAAAUGACACCCAUGCAAGAUUGCCGAAGACAAUGAAUAUCAAAUUGACUUAUUCCUCGACAAAAAAAUGUAGUAUAUAUAAGAUAAUUACACGAGUCUCGAAUUAAACUACUCGCAAAACCCUAAUAGUAUCUUCUUUAAAAUCAAUGUCUCCCCCACUUUAGAAUCUUGCGCUUAGUAUGAUGUUGAAUUGUAAUUUUAUUCAUUCUUGACAUCACUAAUGAGAUCAAGUGGGCUACCUCGAAUCAUUUUAUACCAUAGAAUAUAUGGAAUCUUUUCUUUGUAAAUAUAGAAUAUAUGAAAUUUCUUUAGUAAUAUGCAUGGUGCAUUAUUUUUGGUCCAUGUAUGGGCAAAAGGCGGUCGUUUUAUUUAUUUUUUAUUGGAAGGAGACCUUUCCUCUGCUCCGGCGGCAGCCAAAUAAGGCCCAAAAGAGACGGGUUAUUUGCCUUAUUGGCUUGCCCGCAGAACGACUACAAAAAAAAUCUCUGCGGCUCUCCGUCGUCCCACGGCUAUAAGAACACACCAAUUUCCCCCAAAAAAGCCCACCAGAUCCCACCACAGCCACUCGACCUUCCCUUCCCUCACGGCCAAACCACAGCCACAACAACCACCACUCUUUGUUUCCUUAUCUUCCCCUCCUCUAUAUCUCUUCCGCUCCAUUCACCUCUCUCUCCAUACCCGCAAAACGUAAAAAGCAUCAAAAACUCUCCCUGAAUCCAUCUCCCAAACCCGUCCCGCAGCAACCCUUUUUCCCCCCAGUUCUCAGAAUCUCUCUCCGGCGAAGGCGGAUUUUGAUUUGCUCUGUUCUGGGUUCUUGUUUCUCGUGCGUGUGAUUCAGGGGAAGCUUGAUUGGAAAAAGGGAAAGUGGGUUGCCAAAGGGUGUGGAUUUGAUUUGAUUUUGGGGGGUUUUUCGUUUUUUUUUUCUUCUUUUCCCUGUAGGAAGAAGGAAAGCUGGAAGGAUUUUCAGGGGAUAAUUCCAGGGUAGACAAGUUGCAGACAUCACGGCUAUUCACGGCGUAACUCGGCCUCUAAUCCAUGUCCGUUCUGUGCGUCGCAAGCUGGAUAUAAUCCAGAGCAACCCUUCUGCGCACGGCGGCCGUGGAGCUUUGCCUUCGGAAGGCGGGAGCCCUUCCGAUCUCCUCUUCCUCGCCGGCGGUGGUUCCCUCUUCCCUUCCUUUUCUCUUACCGUUUUAGUGUAGGAUUUAGGAUAUUUCUCGUUUCCUUUUUAGCUUCGGAAAGCGCAACAAAAUAGAAAGAGUAUAUAUAGGAGGAAGAAUCAUUCAAGUAUAUUGUUUAAGAUCCUUUGUGGGCCGUAGAGAAUUUGUGAAAUUCCUUGUGUGAGGUCAAAAAAAAGAAGCGAAAGGAUGAUGCUUAGAAUCAAGAGGGUUCCUACCGUUGUGUCGAACUACCAAAAGGACGAGGGCGAAGACGCUGCCCGCCGUGGCGGAGGUUGCGGCCGCAAUUGCCUUCAGAAGUGUUGCAUUCCAGGGGCAAAGCUGCCUCUCUAUACUUUCAAGAGGGUGGAGGAGAUUCCUGGUGACAAGUGUGUUCUUGAGCAUGAUGAUAACCAGGCUCCUGUUGCAUUCUUGGACUCCCUCCUCCUUGGACAGUGGGAGGACCGCAUGCAGCGAGGACUGUUUCGCUAUGAUGUCACUGCAUGUGAAACCAAGGUGAUUCCUGGCCGAUGUGGCUUCAUGGCUCAACUGAAUGAAGGUCGUCACCUGAAGAAGAGGCCAACUGAAUUCAGGGUUGACAAGGUUCUUCAGCCCUUUGAUGGGAACAAAUUCAACUUCACUAAAGUUGGGCAGGAGGAAGUGCUCUUCCAGUUUGAUGCGAGCGAAGAUGGUGAAGUACAGUUCUUCCCAGAUGCUCCAGUUGAUGCUGACAGUUCUCCUAGCGUGGUUGCCAUCAAUGUUAGCCCUAUCGAGUAUGGGCAUGUGCUGCUGAUUCCGCGUAUCUUGGAAUGUCUGCCUCAAAGGAUUGAUCGUGAGAGCUUUUUGCUUGCACUUUACAUGGCAAUUGAAGCUGGGAACCCUUACUUCCGCUUGGGUUACAACAGUCUUGGUGCAUUUGCUACCAUCAACCAUCUUCACUUCCAGGCUUACUAUUUGGCUGUGCCAUUCCCGAUCGAGAAGGCUCCUACCAGGAAGGUGACAACAUUAGGCGAUGGAGUGAAAAUCUCUGAGCUCUUUGAUUAUCCGGUCAGGGGUCUCGUCUUUGAAGGUGGGAACACUCUCCAAGACUUGUCAAACGCCGUCUCCGAUGCCUGCAUUUUUCUUCAAGAUAACAACAUUCCACACAAUGUCCUGAUUGCUGAUUGUGGAAAGCGCAUCUUUCUCUUGCCUCAGUGCUAUGCUGAGAAACAAGCACUUGGCGAAGUGAGCAGUGAGCUUCUCGAUACCCAAGUGAACCCUGCAGUGUGGGAGAUCAGUGGGCACAUGGUGCUGAAGAGGAAGAAAGACUACGAGGAAGCUUCUGAGGAGAAUGCAUGGAGGCUUCUUGCUGAAGUGUCCCUCUCCGAAGAGAGGUUUGAAGAAGUGAAAGCUCUGAUCUUUGAAGCCUGUUCCUACACCUUGAGCGAGAAGGAAGAUGAGCACCUGACCCAGGGUGCAGGCGAUGACAAACCUCCCCCUCUCGAAGGAACUGGCUCGAUCAACAAAGGCAGGAACUGCAACAUGGUCUCAGGAACUCAAGAAUGCCUGGUUCUGCAGUAGUAAGGACUAGCUUCUUUAGUUAAGAAGCCGCAAGAGCUUUGCUUGUGGGGGAGUAUGGCAGCUGUGUAGCUUACUAAGAAUAAGCAAAACCAGGGUUUGGUUGCUGUAGUCAAACUAGGUUUGCAGUUGUUGGUACCAGAAUUUGUGUCUAAAGUUGGCCUACUGUUUAUUUGCAUAUUAUUGUGAUUGUUGCCUGCCCUCUCGUGUGGGCGGCGCGAGGGCUUAUGUGGUCUGUAUGUACCUUUGAGAUUCUGGGAAGAUUCGCCUUUGUAUGGAAUGCUUGUUAUCUAUCAAAGAUUGGAAGCUUCAAUUAAGACUACUGUUGAUGUCUUUUUCUUCUGCUUGUUUAAGAGAAGCCUCGUAUCAAGGGUAACUGUUGAACCUUUGAACGUUCAAAGAGCCCAGAUUUGCAGAGAUUUUCUAUGGAUCUUUUUUAGUGGAACUAAUGGCGGCUGCCUCAGCCGUCUACCUACCAAAGAAGUGGAGCAAUUUCCAUAAACUAAUAGAGAAAUUGUAAGGAUAGGUUACCAUUGGUGGUGCAGCGAAGAGAAAGAUGAGUUUGACUGAACUGAGCAUCUCUCCCUUGGGACCAGAAUGGGAGCACUACACUGGGAAGGGAAGAGAGCAUUGGGGAGCCCAACAACAUUACCUAUCUCUGACAUAAAACCACCAAUCCCAUUGGCUUAUCAAGUGGGGACUUUAACAUUGUCAUCUUCCAACAUGAAAAGUGGUGCUCCAAUUUCCAAUCCAAUCUUUGGUCCUUAUAUUCCCGAAAAAACUGGACCGGGACCGAAUCAAUUUGGACCAAUUUAACUGGACCGUAUAGCCACCCCUAGAACAAAUUACCGAAAGUUCAAGGCCGGUGGCUAAUCAUCUGCAAGCUACAGAGAGGUUGUCGACCCGCGGGUUGACCCACUUUGACCCUGAUCCGGUGAAAAAAACGGGCCGCACGCACCCGCCGGGUCGACCGCCACAAGGUACAGGGUUGGAGGUCAAAUUGUGUCAUUUUUUUUUCUUUGUUUUGCGAAAUGCGCCUAUUUUCCGAUUUUUCUUUUCGCCUAACUCAAUCUUUGGAAUCUUAAGUUGAACAUUUGAAUAUUAAUGUUAUAUAAGUGUGUGAAUUUUCACUAUAUGUUGAAUCUAAGUACGAAAUGUUAUUUUGGUGUAAUAUUAUAUGUUAUAACUCAUAUGUUAGAUGAGAUUUGAUAUAAUUUAUCAGGAUAAGUACAAUAUAAUGACGCUUUCCAUAUUUCCGGGCUAAACCGGGCUAAAAUGGGUGACCCAGGUCCGGGUCAACCCACGGGUUGACAACCUUGCUAUAGACCAAGGAGUCAAGUGAAAGGAUUUUCAAGACCACUUUCACACUCACCAACCAAGAAGUUUCGACAGCUACCUUCACUCUCACGUCUUCCACUCCCAGGAAACUACCAGGGCAGAAGACGAAUCUACCAGGGAACACAAAACAAAAAUCAACAGUAAAC